AUGAAGAUCAUCAUCGUCGGCGCCGGCAUCGGCGGCCUCUCCGCGGCGCUCGCCCUCGCGCUGCAAAAGCAUUCGGUCACGGUCCUCGAGUCGGCUCCACGGCUCGCGGAAAUCGGCGCGGGCGUGCAACUCACCCCAAACGCGAUCAAGUUCUUCUUCCAGUGGGGCCUUGAGGGUGAUAUCCUCGCCAAAGCCGCGAUUCCGGGGACGUUUUUCAUUCAUCGGUGGAAGGACGGGAGGGUUUUGGGGAGCGUGGACGUGGGAGGGCUAGAGCGGGAGUAUGGCGCGCCGUAUGUGGUGGUGCACAGAGGGGUGUUGCAUGAGAUCUUGCACCGGCAUGCCGUGCGGGCUGGGGCGGAGGUGAGGGUUAAUUCGAGGGUGGUCGAGUAUGAUUUCGAGGGCGGCGCCGUGGUGUUGAAAGAUGGACUCAAGAUGGAGGCCGACUUGGUUGUUGCUUGCGACGGUAUCAACUCCUUCGCGAGAGCCCAAUUUCUGGGAGACCAAGACAAAGGCGCUCAGAGAACCGGUUGGGCUGCGUAUCGAACAAUGGUGGAUGUCACAAAAAUCAAAGCAAAUCCUGCUACGGCUGAUCUUGUCGAACGGCAUAACAACCACUUGUGGAUCGGGGAGAACUGCUCAGCAAUGACCUACAUGAUCUAUGAAUCGACCAAGCUCAACAUGGUCCUCUCGCACCGGGACGACGACAUCGAAGUCGACUCUACUACGACUACCUCCUGGACAACUGCCUCGCCAUACCACGGCGCAAUCAAAUCCCUCUUUCGGGGAUGGGACUGCAAACUCACUAGUCUCAUCGACAUGGUCCGUCCCGAGACCAUCAACAACUGGCCCGUGUAUCAAGUCGAGCCACUCCGCAAAUGGGUGUCGAUGUCGGGAAAGUUCGUGCUCAUGGGCGACGCGGCGCAUGCAAUGGCGUUUUAUCUGUCCAUGGGCAUCUCCAUGGCCGUGGAGGAUGCCGUCGCAUUGGCAGAGUGUCUUUCGCUUCUCGCUUCGGCAACUAACAACGACGUCAAAUAUGGUUGUGGGGACAGAGCAAAACCCAGACCAUCUCUCUCUUCCGCCCUCGACCUCUUCGAAUCUCUCCGCAAACCUCGCGCCGAAGCCGUCCAGGCCGCCAGUCUUCGCGCGGGCAAUAUCUUACACCUCCCACCUGGCGCGGCCCAGGAGAAAAGGGACGCCGCGUUGCAGCGGGCCGACGGCGGCGCAAUGGAGAGCGAAGAAGAUAGUAGGCAGUACGUCUAUGGAAUCGCGGACCGGGAGACGAGGGAUUGGUGCUAUGGGUAUGAUGCCGCCUGGGAGGUGCGGAGGGCUUGGAACGAGCAAUUCGGGUAG